UCACGUGCUGUGCGCUUUGACGGUUGCAGGCCGAAGGCGAGGCCGAAAGACGUCUUGAGAUCGCGUAUAACUAUGGAUUUCUACGUGCAUUACGAGGUGGAGCCUGAAAUGACGAUGGCUUGUCGGUGGAGAGACAGCAAAGGCUCUGUUGAAGACGUCUUGAAGCUGUUUGUGGAUGCAUACAACAAACGAUAUCCGUCUCGUGCAAUGAGCAGCACUUCAGUGCAGCUAGUGGAUGAAUCAAGGCAAUUUUUGGAUCUUUCAUUAUCUGUAAGGGAUGCCAUUGAGGACAAAGCAGAUAUUUAUGUAUUGACAAAACUAUCGAGCCAUUCUUUAGAUGCUGCAGCAGUUUCUAAUGGUGUUGAUAAUGAGAAGACUGCUGAGAAACGCAGCUUACUGGAUGUAUUGAAGUCUGCACCGUUGUCACAGCGUUUCCAACUUCCUAGUUCUGUAAGAGAUGAAAGCGAUCAAGAUGAUGGGCUUGUUAUUGCCAAUGCCAUUCAGCUGGCUCAUAAAUUCAUAUCAGAUGACAAUGCAAAGGAGGCUGUUAUUGUCUUUAACAGUAUACUAGAAGUCUAUCCCUGCCACAAGACGACAUGUGUUGAGCUUGCUCGUAUAUAUGGAAAUGCUAAUAGAUACAAAGAGGCUGUCAAGUACGUGAAACAGGCGUCGGCUAGUGAUUCUAGCGAUCCAGAGCUGUUGAAACAACUUGGUAGCUAUUUGUUAGCAAGUGGUGAGAUCGAAGAAGCUAUGAAAGUCUUUGCUUGUUGUGCUGACAGACUGAGGAGUGCAGGAGCAGACGAAAUUGAUGCAAUCAAGGUUCACAUAGCUCGAGCACAAAGAGUAUCCGGCAAUGAGGACCAGGCAUUAGCUUUGCUGUCUGCAGUCUUGCAAAGGAAGAAAGAGAACGUGGAAGGACUGCUAGAAUAUGCUCGUAUUGUACAUAAAAAGGGUGAAAUACAGGCCAAGGAAGCAAUGGCAAUUUGUGUAUGCUUGAUGACUCCAAAACAAAAAGACAAACCGUUUCAUGCAUUUAUGACGGAAGUGGUGGAACACCAUGGUCUUGAUCUUCUUUAUCAAGAGAUGAAAACUGCAGUCGACUCUGCUGCUGCUCUUGCUUAUGUUGCAACACAGAUACGAGACCACGGGGCAAUCAAGGAAGCUGCCUUACUGUUAAAACGUGCCCUUGAUCUAGAACCAUUUCACACAUCAUGUGCGCUAGCGUACAUCCACACACUACAAGUGUUGAUGAAGUACGAAGAAGCAUAUAAAUUUGUUCGGCAGUUUACUGUGAAGAACAGCGAGAUGGCUGUUGCUGGGGUGAAGUGUGGUUGGUUCUUGCCAUUGAUUCCAGAAAUCGACGUAUUGUAUAUGAGUACUGUGGUUGCUAAUGAAGGCAAAGUACCAGAAAAUUUUGCUCAUAGUGACCCAAAAGCUAGAGAUCCGUACUCUGCAGAGCAGUUAGAUUUAGUAGCCUUUUACUUCACUUUGGUCAAAAUCCUGUACUUCAGUGGAGCAUUGGAACUGAUUAAACCAUUGUGCAGCGUUCUAGAUAUGGCUCAUAGUGGGAGAGAAUUGCAUCUAAGUACUAUCAGAAAUGAGAAUGCUUACUUCUGCUGCAUCAGUCAGGUGAUAAAAGUGCCUGGGAUGUAUGUAUUUGGUAGCUCAGAUGAAAAGCCAGAAUUUAUCUACUUUGCUGGAGAGAGCCAUGCAAUAUCUCCAGCCUGGAGAAGUAUCACUUACCAAGGACGACAUCAUGUUAUCCAUCCUAUUGUUGCAACAGGACUUAAACUAUGGCAUCUGAGACCAGAAAGCAAAUUUUAUCCUAAAAUUGCAUUCUACAAUGCAAUGAAAAGAGUACCAAAUGGUUCAACCAUUAUAUUUUGUUUUGGAGAGAUUGAUUGUCGAGAUGGACUGACAACAGCUGUGGCCAUGUGCAAGUAUGAGACAUUGGAAGAAGCAAUCGCUGCUGUUAUUAACAUCUACGUUGUGGCUUUGAAAGAACUCAGAAUAAAACAGAAGCUGAAGGUGUUUGUUCAUCCUGUGGUGCCAGUUUUGGCAGCAACAAGAAGUGUUGUCUUAUUAUUCAAUAAAAUGCUGAAGGAGAGACUAGCAAAGACAAAGCAUUUGAGGUACAUGGACUUUGAGGAUGCAUUGCUGACUGGAAAGGAUCUGAAACUCAAGCAAGAAUACAAGCUUGAUGGCACUCACUUGCAUCCUAACUACUUGAACCUGAUUGAAGACACUAUGAAGAUGUAAAGACUUUGCAAGUCUCUAACUUGUGGUUGGUGUGGCAUAGCAUGAGCUAGUGGUAUUAUGUAUGUAUGGCUUUUUUGGCAUGCAAGUACCUACUGUAGUGAUGGGAAGUGUUGCCAUUAGUUGUCGAUUAGCUUAACAGUUGUGGAACAGUGAUACGUUUGGAUUCAGUAAACAUCAAACGCCAGCAGGAA